GUGUGGCUAUGGGCACUGUACUGCAGACAUUACAUAAACCGUAAUCGUGUUUUUACAAUAAUAUGUGCCUGGUAGAGACAAAGCGUGGUGAGGCUGCAAAAUCAAUUGUGUCGUGAAUAAAUGGCUAUUACCUGCAUGCAACAAAGCCUGUGGGUGACAACCACACAGACUGGGGACAGCUCUCAUUGUUUGCACUUUGCUCUCUUGCUCAGUGCAGCAGAGCCUGGGAAGGCAGCUUUAGGAGUACAGUGAGCCUUGCUACUGAGAUAACCAUGGACGACGAGAUACAGUUUUGGUUGUUGGUGCUGGGCUAUGUCUUGUCCAAAAGGAAAAAGCGAAGGAGGGAAACGGUCAGGAAUUACUGGGUACAUCCACUGACCAGCCAGAGGUUUUCCAAGGGCCAGUUCCACCUUCGUUACGGAGACCUACGGACGUGCCCCAAAAGGUUUUUUAACUAUUUUAAAAUGUCGGUGGGAACGUUUGAUGAGCUGCUGGAGCACCUGAGGCCGGCCCUCAUCAGAAGUGACACGAAGAUGCGACUAGCGAUCUCGCCGGAGGAGCGGCUGUGUGUAACUAUUAAAUACCUGGCCACAGGUCACAGUUUCACCUCUCUGCACUUCCGGUUUCUCAUUGGCAAAGCCACCAUCAGGUUAAUCGUACGGGAGACCUGCAAAGCUAUAUGUGACACGUUGCUUAAUGUCUUCAUGCCAGAGCCGACUGUUGAGACCUGGAAGAAAAUAGCCGGGGAUUUCUACACCACCACCAGCUUUCCGAACUGUAUCGGAGCUUUAGAUGCAAAAGACAUUCGAAUGAAGAUGCCACCCAACAGCGGGGCAAAGCACUGGGAUUCCAGUAAACACUCUCUUGUACUGCUGGCCUUAGUUGACAGCAACUACAACUUUAUUGCAAUUGAUGUUGGAGCGUAUGGAACUACCGGAUGCUGUAGUAUUUUUAAGAAGUCUACCUUGGGUCGCAAGAUGAAAGAUGGCAAACUACACUUGCCAGGAUACAGUGUCUUGCCCAACACAAACGGUCCACCCAUGCCGUUUGUCUUUGUUGCCGAUGAAGCUUUUGGACUUUCCGAGAACAUUCUGAGACCCUACCCCACCCGAAAUAUCACUCCCAUAAGGAAGGUCUUCAACUACAGGCUGGUUAGGGCAAGACGAGCGAUAGAUAGCGCCUUCGGAAUACUGGCCAACAAGUGGCGAGUCUUCUAUGCCCCUAUUCAGUUGGAAUCCAAUUUUGUUGAAGGCAUUAUCAAGGCAGCCUGCGUUCUGCAUAACUUGGUGCUGUCAAGAGAUGGCUUUGUAUUUGACCAUAUCCUGAGUAACCCUUUACAUGAUGUAUCAUGGAGCACGGUUCGGGGACCCGUCAGUGGUAUGCUAGUCAGAAAUUCUUUUGCAAGCUAUUUUGUUUCGCCUGAAGGAGAGAUACCUUGGCAAAACGAAAAAAUAUAAAGCAAACAAGAAAAAACAACUUUACCUGACAAACUAUUCCCAUUUCUCUAUGGAUACCAAUACAGCUAGACUACUUAUUGCAAUAACUGUGUGUGUGGUUAAUGUAAAUACACACGUAUCUUCGUAAGAUUACUGAGAGACAUACCAAACUGUGCUAGAAGCACCACAGCAGAAAGCGACACCCCAGACAGGAAAGAAGAACUGCACGGGUUUUGAAAGGUGCAGGGUGCUAGAAUGAACACUAAAUAAAGAUCCCCCAAAAGGGGUAGCUUUACUAAAACGUCUAGUCAGAGCAACCAUAGCAACUAUUCACAUUCCAGUUAUUAUUUUCUAGAAUGUACCGGAUAAAUGUUAGCUAGAAUCUGAUUGGAUGCUUGCUAGAAGUUUUAGUAAAUCUACUCCUAAGUAGAUUGUAAAAAUGUCUGUAUAUGGUGGAUGUGUCUGACAGUUGUAGCAGUCUAGUAAAUGGUCAUUGCUUUAAUUACAAACAUUACAGGAAUAAGGCCUUAUAUGAAUCCAGUUUUAUUCCUUCUAGGCAGCCCCCUUAGGACACACUGACAAUUGUAUGGUUAAUCAGUUAUUGGACAUAGGGCCUGGUCUGAGUCGCCGAAGCAGCAUCUAUUGACGGACGCCUGUCUGUGAUUUUAUACAAACUCCUCCCCUCGUACAUCCGUGCGGCCAAAUGUGCAAGGACUGAGACUUUUCGGGGGAAAAAUCAUCAUCGGGGACCAUUGAUAAUUAAGUAUGCAACUCGCCGCGAGAUUUGGCGCUGGAUACUUAACUACCAAAGAAAUUUAGUCUUACUUUGGUACGACGAGCAGCUACUCCGAGGGGUAGCUGUCCCUGCGAUCCCUAACACUGCAACCGUAGUAACCAUGAUCCUUACCUCUGCCGACCCGUCCUACUAUGCAUGUGUUAUCUGAGCUCAGAUAAGAGGCCUAUUUGGUGGUCGAAACAUGUUUUAUCUAACAUUUUUCCAACAGUUGCUAGGUCUACUAUCCUGGUAGACAUCUAUUGGGAACCUGCUAGCGUACAUGUUUCUGCUGCGGGGUACACUGGGCUCCACA